AUGUCAGUUAUAACAUCAAAACGUAUUAAAACACCAAUGAAUCCGUUAGAUAAACGGAUACCACGUAAUCCAAAGUAUGAAAAUGUUCAAACAACACUUGAUACAGGAGAUAGUAUGACAAAAUUUCUUAAACGCAAUGAAGAAUUACGUGCAUCGAGUAAACAACAAGUAGGUGAAAUAUUCAAACGGAUGAAAAUAUCGACACUUGUUCAAUUGAUCAUACAAGUAUCAGAAAUAAAUUCAGUUACAACUCCAAAACCUACUGAUUUUGAUCCGAUUGCAUCAGAUCGAACAUUAACUGAUCUUGAUCGACCUCAAACAACAGAUAGUCAGAUGAGUGUUGCAACAACACGAUCAACCUUGCAAAGUGUUAUUCGUGGUGUUGGAGAAAUGGAUGUAAAUAAGAAUUCUCAAAAUCGUUCAUCAAUAAUAACACCUGUAACACCUAAAACUCCAAUGAGUGAACACUUAAAUUUAGAAUACGAUGAACGACCUUAUUUAAUCGUUGAUCUUCGUGAUAAAGAUGAAUUUCGAACCAAUCAUAUUGUUUCGGCUCAUCAUUAUCCAGCUGCUAUGCUUUCACGUUGUUCAAAUAAUGAAUCAAGAGAAUUACUUAUCUAUAAAAAUCAUAAAGGCAAAAUUAUUGUUUUAUAUGAUGAUGAUGAACGUAUUGCUCCACAGGCUGCAACAAUCAUGAUGGAACGUGGUUAUAAUAAUAUUUUCUUACUUUCUGGAGGUUUAAAAUAUGCUGUUCACAAAUUUCCUCGUGGACUUUUAACUGGUACAUGUCCUUUAUCUUGGACAACAUCAAGUGCAUCGCGAACAUCAUCAUCGGCAAAAACUAAACGUCCACCAUCGACUGCUACUAAUCGUCAAGAAGCACCUGUUGGUCAAUCACUUGCUAGUACAAUACAACCGACUCAAGGUCCAGUGGUUACAUUUGAUACACGUGAACAAUUUACUCGUGAAGAUAUUGAAGAUUUAAAUCAAGCACUUGAAAAAAUUCUUUUACCACAAGAUAAUCGAUCACGUUCAUCACGUCCAAAUACAUCAGCAUCAACAACAAGUUCACGUUUCUCAAUGGUUUCUGAACGUUCUAAUUUUAGUAAUGUUUCAGACAAAGCAUGGAAACCAUAA